GUAAUAAAGCCAGAUGGUAGUCACAAAGAAACAGAAGCCACGCAUGAAUCAGAUGUCCCCGAGGAAAUGUUGGGGACUUGCAUUCCUCAAGAGACGGCGAAAGGCGAUGCGACAAGUCCGGAUGUCAUUAUAGAAGCUCAGUUUGAUGAUAAUGAUGCAGAGCAUGGACAAGACCACUUGCAGGAUACCUUGACUGAUGACACUAAGAAACUUUCCCUGGAUGCCAGUGAAAAGGUCAAGGCUGUUGGGAUCAGCGGUGUGCACAGAACAAAGCCAGAUGAUGGACCCAAAGUGAAUGAUCCCAGGCUCCUCCCAGAUACAUUUCUUCAAAGGACAGCCAAGGUGGUCUAUAUUUUGGAAAAGAAGCAUUCCCGGGCAGCUACAGGCUUCAUCAAGCUUCUGGCAGACAAGAGCAGUGAACUCUUCAGGAGGUGCGCCAUGUUCUCACCUGUGGACCACAGAGUGCCCAGGGCCUACGUGUCCUUGGCUGACUGUCCUCCAGACUUUGUGACCAGGCCAGAGGACUAUUCAAACAUGCUCUUCGUCUGUCGCAUAGUGGACUGGAAAGAAGACAGCAACUUUGCAACAGGGCAGUUGGCCAAAAGUCUUGGGCAGGCUGGGGAGAUUGAGCCGGAGACGGAAGGGAUCCUGAUGGAGUACGGCGUGGAUUUCUCCGACUUUCCCCCCGAAGCCCUGGAAUGUCUUCCCCAGAACCUGCCCUGGGUUAUCACACUGGAAGAGCUGGCCAAAAGAAGAGAUUUAAGGAAAGAAUGCAUUUUCACCAUCGACCCAUCAACUGCCAAAGAUCUUGAUGAUGCUUUGUCCUGUAAACAACUCCCUGACGGGAACUUCGAAGUAGGUGUCCACAUCGCAGAUGUAAGCUACUUUGUACUGGAAGAAACAGCACUGGAUAAAGUAGCGAGUGAAAGAGCAACUAGUGUCUAUCUCGUGCAAAAGGUGAUCCCGAUGCUUCCCAAGCUGCUCUGUGAGGAGUUAUGCAGUCUCAAUCCCAUGCGAGACAGGCUGACGUUCUCUGUGGUGUGGAAGGUGACUCCAGAAGGCAAG